AUGAAGUUUUUAAUUCAGUUACUAUUAGUUAUAAAUGUAACAACAAGCCUAAUUAAGGCAAAUCCCGGUUAUGAUUGUCAAUAUUGCCAGCCUGAACAAGUACACAUAGCUUUCGGGACAAAACCUAAUGACAUAAUAGUCACAUGGACAACAUUUAAUAACACCCAUGAGUCUCGAGUGCAAUAUGGUUUGGGGGAGAUGAAUUUGGAGGCUGUGGGUACUCGACACCGGUUCACAGAUGGUGGUCAGCUGCACCGACAUAUGUGGAUACAUCGAGUUACUCUGCAAGAUCUCAAGUUUGAUACUAAAUAUGAAUACCAUGCGGGGUCUGUAUAUGGCUGGUCGGAGUUGUUCUCCUUCAAGACACCGCCAGAGGGGGACAAGUGGGUGUUACGGGCUGCCAUCUACGGAGAUAUGGGGAAUAAGAAUGCACAUUCAUUGUCGUACCUGCAAGACGAGGCGCAGCGGGGCCACUUCGACGUGAUCCUCCACGUGGGAGACUUUGCCUAUGACAUGGACACGGACAACGCCCUCGUAGGGGACGAGUUCAUGAGGCAGAUCCAGCCCUUGGCGGCCUCCGUGCCUUACAUGACCUGUCCUGGAAACCACGAGGCCGCUUAUAACUUCAGCAACUACCGCAACCGUUUCUCGAUGCCGAACCACGAGCGAUGGGAGAGCAUGUUCUACUCGUUCGAUCUGGGUCCCGUCCACUUCGUCUCCAUCUCCACCGAGUACUACUACUUCCUCGAGUUCGGUCUCAAGAUGCUCUCGGAGCAGUUCGAGUGGCUGCAGAGGGAUCUCAGCGAAGCCAACAAGCCGGAGAACAGGGGCGAACGACCCUGGAUCAUACUAUACGGCCACAGGCCCAUGGUUUGCAGCAAUAUUGCGGACGAUUGCUGGAACAACUUCCUGCCCAAUCGCGUCGGCUUGCCGGCUUUAGGCUUCGGUGAAUACGUAUGGUCGGAUAUCGGAUCGAUCGGGAGGUCUUCCCCUCGGAGUGAGUGGGCCGACGUGCCUUGCAGGGCGAAGCGGCCUUGGCUCGUUCUGUUCGGCCACAGACCGAUGUACUGCAGCAAUUCGGACGACAUCGACUGCAGCGUCGAGUACACGAGGAAGGGGCUGCCGCUCUUCGGGGCCUUUCGUCUCGAACCGCUGUUGCGUGACUUCGGGGUGGACGUGGUGAUCUGGGCCCACGAGCACUCGUACGAGCGCACUUGGCCCCUCUACGAUCUCAAGGUGUACAACGGCUCGUCGGAGCGACCGUACGUUAACCCGCGGGCACCGGUACACAUAAUAACCGGUUCGGCGGGUUGUCAGGAAGACACGGACGGCUUUAAGCCUCGUCCCCCGGCGUGGUCCGCCUUCCGCUCCAGUGACUACGGAUAUACGCGCUUCAAGGCCUACAAUCACACGCAUGUGUAUUUCGAACAGGUUGACGUGGACGAAGACGGUCGCGUGAUAGACUCCGUAGCGCCAGUGCACUUGGUGACGGGCUCGGCGGGAUGUCAGGAAGGAAGGGACCAUUUUCAGCACGCCCCGAAGGAAUGGUCCGCGUUUCGCUCUCAAGACUACGGCUACACCAAACUCAAGGCUUUCAACAACACUCAUAUCUAUUUUGAGCAGGUAUCCGUUGACAUUGAGGGAAAAGUAAUUGAUCAAUUAUGGUUAGUCAAACAAAGUUCUACAAAAUGA